GGCUCCCAAGCAGCUUCUUGCAGAUAGGGGCAUGGUCAGACAGCGGGCUGUGUACAGGAAGUGCUGCGGCCGGGAGCCUUGCUUACUUGCUACAGUCAUAGUCCUGGGAACAGAUCACUGCUGCAGUCAUGGCUCUCAGACUGUGCUCCCUUCAGCUUCUGCGAAGCAGGCCCGGAUCCGUGUGCAGGCUCUUCUCGCUGACAGCCCCUGCUAGCCAGGUGGGCCCCCGGGACGUGACCGCCCUGUACACCCCGGAGCACAAUGCAAUCAGGGACUCUCUGAGAAAGAUCAUAGACGCUGAAAUUAACCCUUAUGUAGACCAAUGGGAAAAAGAGGAACAGUUUCCCGCUCAUCAUGUGUUCAAAAUCCUUGGACGGGCUGGGAUGUUGGGAGUGAGCAAGCCGACAGAAUAUGGUGGAAUGGGAUUGGACUUCUCCUAUAGUAUUGCUAUUGCUGAAGAACUUGGGAACAUUAACUGUGGAGGCAUACCAAUGGCCAUAGGCGUUCAGUCUGACAUGGCUACACCAGCUCUCUCCAGGUUUGGCAGCGAUGAAUUGAAGCAUCAGUUCUUGGCGCCAACUAUAGCUGGAGAUGUGGUGGUCUGUCUGGGGGUCAGCGAGACCGGAGCAGGAUCUGAUGUGGCAAGUAUUAAGACCAACGCUGUGAGAAAGGGGGACGACUAUAUUAUCAAUGGAAGCAAGAUGUGGAUCACUAAUGGCUGCCAGGCCGACUGGAUGUGUCUCCUUACAAACACAAGCGCUGGACAACCCCACAAAAAUAAGUCUCUUAUUUGUCUCCCCAUGAAGACACCCGGUGUCCACGUCACAAAGAAAAUUGACAAAAUGGGCAUGAAGUCGUCGGACACGGCGCAGAUAUUUUUCGAGGAUGUCAGGGUGCCCAGUAAAUAUCUGAUCGGUGAGGAGGGCAUGGGGUUUGUCUAUCAGAUGCUGCAGUUCCAGGAAGAGAGGAUGUGGGGUGCGGCGAACGUUUUGACUACCAUGGAAAACAUCCUACAAGAAACCAUCAAAUACACAAGUGAGAGGAAGAUCUUCAACCAGCCGCUGCUGGACAACCAGAUAGUGCACUUUCGUCUGGCCGAGCUGAACACCGAGGUGGAGCUCCUGAGGUCUCUGCUGCAUCGCACGGUCGGAUUAUAUAUUGAUGGCAAUGACGUCACCAAAUUAGCAUCCAUGGCCAAGUUAAAGGCUGGACGUCUGGCGAGAGAGCUGAGUGACAGCUGCCUCCAGUUCUGGGGAGGGAUGGGAUUCACAAAUGAAGUUCUCGUAAGCAGGUUUUAUAGAGACUCCAGGCUGCUCUCGAUCGGAGCUGGAGCGGAUGAAGUCAUGCUUUCAAUUAUAUGCAAAUAUAUGGGAACUCUUCCAAGAAAAAAGUAACUCCAACAGCAUUAAUAUCCUUCCAGAAAAAAAUGAUAAAAUUACAAAAACUGGGUCAGAACCGGAGGCGAAUGUAAUUACACGUGGACUGUGUCAGCAGGAGACGCAUUUUGGUGUUUUAUUCCAUCCUUUGUUUCUAACUGUAUUAAUAGUGUUGUGUAAAAAUACCAAUAAACGGUGACUCUCGAAAACUCAA